CACGCCGAACCAUCACAAUUCUCAUUCCUUAAACUCUGGCUUCGCCUUUAGCCUUUCUCUGACUCUCUUCGGCAUGGGGAACUUCGCGUCCUGCACGCUGGCCAUGUUCCCCGGGGCGGCCAAGGACGUCAGGAUUGUGCUCCCCGAUGGCGGCCUGAGGCUGGUCAGGCCCCCGGCGACGGCGGCGGAGGUGAUGCUCGAGGCGCCGGGCCAUUUCCUGGCCGACGCGCGCGCGCUGCAGGCGGGGCGCCGGAUCGUGGCGCUUGCGGCUGACGAGGACCUCGAACUCGGGGGAGUCUACGCCGCCUUCCCCAUGAAGCGGCUUGGCUCGAAGGCCGUGCCCGCCGACGUUUUCGCCAGCGAGGCUCAUGCCCGGAGGCCCGCUUCGGCCAAGGUGUCGGACAUCGUCGUGGCGUCGCCAGGGGUGGCUUCCGUUGCCGCCGAGGAGGACAUCCCACCGGUCAGGACGCCGCGGUUGGAUGAGAUGGCCGUGGACAACGAGGCAGCUGCGGCAGAGAUCGGAGAGCUCAAUCAACGGAUAAGCGGCGGUCGCUUGUCGAGGCGGCGGCCCACGUUGGAGACUAUACACGAGGAGAGCUACGCCGCACUAGCAUGCUAAUGUUACAAGUCAAUUAGCCACUUAACAAACUGAGAGAUGGCAAAGGCAUUCUCUCUGUUUUCCUUUAUUUUUGAUCAUGUGUAAAAUUUGCCUCCUCUUUUUUCAUGUAUUUUUUGAGCGAUGAAAGGGCAAUUGAACACAAAAAAGGUGGACAAAUGAUUAAUGUAUCAAGGAGAUCCUACAAUGCGAACGAAGCUGUUGUUGGAUGGUUAGAGGUACUGUGAUAUCCCCAGCCCACCAGGGUUCAAAUCCUUGUGCUCGCAUUUAUUCCUGAAUUUAUU